AUGGCUGCUCUUCACAUGCUGUGGAUAGGGCUGGUCCUGCUGGGGCUCUUGGGAUUCCCACAGACUCGAGCUGAGGGUGAGAGCCAUGACUCAGUGCAGUCCAACUUUCAACAAGACAAGUUCCUGGGGCGCUGGUACAGUGCAGGGCUGGCCUCCAAUUCAAGCUGGUUCCGGGAGAAGAAAACGGUACUGUUUAUGUGCAAGACGGUGGUAGCUCCCUCCACAGACGGCGGCCUCAACCUCACCUCUACCUUCCUCAGGAAGAACCAGUGUGAAACCAAGAUCAUGGUGCUUCAGCCUUCAGCCGUUCCCGGGCAAUACAACUACAACAGCCCCCACUGGGGCAGCAUCCACUCCGUCUCCGUGGUGGAAACCAACUAUGAUGAGUAUGCGCUGCUGUUCAGCAGGGGCACCAAGGGCCCAGGCCAGGACUUCCGCAUGGCCACCCUCUACAGCCGAACCCAGACUGUAAAGGACAAGGUGAAGGAGAAAUUCACCUCCUUUAGCAAGGCCCUGGGCCUCACAGAGGAGGACAUUGUUUUCCUACCCCCACCGGAUAAGUGCAUUCAAGAGUAA